AUGCCCACUACCCAAUACUCGCAGGUCAAGCCAGGCCUUUUUGUUUCCAUCAUCCUCAAGGCAGACCAAAAAUCCGGCCGACAAGUACGAGGCACCGUCUCCCAAAUUCUCACGCGCCAUAACCACCCUCGAGGUAUCAAGGUCGAACUCACCGACGAACGAGUCGGGCGUGUCCAACAGAUACUACCAUCUUCCCCAUCCCACAGCUUCUCAAAACUCUCCAUGGAGCCGAACAACCCCUGGGCCAACACCCAAGGCAGCCGUAAUCCCUACACUGCGCAGUCAUCGCAAACAAACCAAGGCGCCGCUCAGACGUACUAUCAGUCCCAACCACAAUCCCAGUCGCAGUAUCAACAAUAUCAACAACAGUCCGCCCCCUCCCAAGACAUUCGCCGCAGCGACACCGAGCAGAUCCUGGCGCAGCAAAACGACCGGGCCGAGCAGGUGGAAUACAUGCAGCAGUUCCAGGCAAAUGCGCCGCAAAGUGAAGAUGAUCGCAACCAGGCCCAACUGCAGAAAGAGUUCCCCAACAUUGAUUCUAGUUUGAUCGCGGCGAUCUACAAUGAAAGGAAAAGCCAAGGGAAUCUUGCAGAGGUCCGGGAAUUGUUGCAGGAGUUGAACACGAGUUGA